UAUAAUUUCCUAGAAUUGUUCCUUACGUCAAAACAAACAACUAAACAUUAAUCGUUGAAGAUUCAAACCUUGAAGCCUAUAUAAUGGGAAGAAGCAGAGUGCAAUUUUCAUCAAAUAUCAAAAUGGCAAUUACUCCUAUUGCUCUCUGCCUUAACAUUGCACUCUUCUUCUAUGUGGUUGGAGGAGCCAAAGUGACAUUCACAAAUAAAUGUGGAUACACUGUAUGGCCUGGAACACUGACCGGAGACCAAAAGCCACAACUAUCAACAACUGGUUUUGAGUUGGUUCCUCAAGCAACCAACUCAGUCGACCUUCCUUCUCCAUGGUCAGGUCGGUUUUGGGCCCGAACCGGAUGCUCAAACAACAACGGAAGGUUUAGUUGCGCCACGGCCGAUUGCGCGUCCGGUCAAGUCGAGUGCAACGGUGCUGGCGCAAUUCCACCAGCAACUUUAGUCGAAAUCACAGUGGCUCCAAAUGGUGGACAAGAUUUCUACGACGUGAGCAACGUGGACGGAUCCAACGUGCCGAUGUCUGUAACUCCGCAAGGCGGGAAUGGUGAUUGCAAAACGUCAAGCUGUCAGGGGAAUAUCAAUACUGUGUGUCCGGCUGAGCUUCAAGUGAAAGGCUCUGAUGGGAGUGUGGUUGCUUGUCAGAGUGCUUGUUUGAAGUUUAAUACAGACGAGUAUUGUUGCCGUGGAAGUCAUAAUACACAGCCUACCUGCCCACCAUCAAACUACUCGAUGAUUUUUAAGAAUCAAUGUCCUGAUGCUUAUAGUUAUGCUUACGAUGAUAAAACUGGAACUUUCACAUGCUUUGGUGGACCUAGCUAUGCUAUCACCUUCUGUCCCUCCUAAUUUAAUGGCCACCUUCGAAAAACAGUUAUGUCGCUGUUUAAAAUAAAAUAGGUGGUGGGUUACAAACACACAAACAUAAACAUGUGUGAUAUAUAUGUAAACCUAAAAUAUGAAUAAAAUAUCACGUGUUUUCAGUUA